AAAAUCCAAAUAAUUUUUAACCCUUUCUAGCCUUUCGUCUUUGUAUUCGCACGAGGACACCUUUCUCCUUCGCAGACUGCAAAUAAGGACAAUGCGAGGAGGAUGCGGGGGGCCUCGGCGUAUGACAAAAGCAACAGGUGGAGGGAAGGCAGCGAAUUCCAAUACCUUCGCGCCCUAUUCUACCGGUAUGAAUAACUGCCACCGUGAUCCGAUACCUAUAUAUAUUCACGCGGAGUCGAAGACAUUUCAUCAAACACAUCGUGUGCGCCACAAAAAAGCGAGUUUUCCAGACAGAAGGAGGGCAAAAGAGAAACUGAGAGAUGGGGAAGGGAGCGGCGUUGCUUCUGGUACUAUGGCUGGCUAUGUCGGUGGGGACUUUCGGGGAAGAGAAACAGGAAGGGGGACAUGAACUCAAAGAUGGGGAUGCAGCCUCUAAGCCUACGGAGAGAGUGAAAAAAGUAGCCUUAGUUCAGAAGUUUAUGGACGGGGCUUUAUACUCUCUCGCAAAACAUCAAACGGACAAAGCUGAAGAGCUGAUGAAAGGAGCUAUCGAGUACCUUUAUCAUGACAACACAAUAAAAGACAAAGCAGCCAAACUUGAAGAGUUCAUGAAGAAGCUAUCAAGUUUCUUGAACAAGAUAUGAUAGAAAAAUCUGAAGAGAUGAUGAAAGGAGCUAUUGUGUAUCUUGAAAGCGACGACGAAGUCAAAGAUGAACAGAGCGGCAAAAGAGUGAAGCAUCUUGAAAAUAAUGAAGUGCAAGCAAGAGUAAAUAUAGUGCUCCUGGUCGAUGACUUUCUUAACGAAGCUUUGACGUAUCUUGGUGCAGAAGAAAUAGCCAAAGCUAAGAAUGUGAUUGAAGGAAUGAAACUGUUUGUUUCUCAAUGUGACGAAAUAAAAGAUAAAGCAGCCACAUUCGAGGAGAUGAUCCAACGAGCUUUGACAUUGAACAUGACAGUUUAGAGAACGCUAAGGAGGUGAUCAAUGAAGCAAUGACGUAUCUUGGCAACGAUGAUGAUGUCAAAGAAUUAUGAAAAGCAGGAGCAGGUCAUGCGGAAGGAGUGAAGUUAUCUUGAGCAAGAUAAAGCGGAAAGAGGAAUACAAAAAGCAAUUUUUGUUACUGAGGUUUUGAAAGUAGCUCUAACUUUUAUUGACAAGAAACAACUAGAGCAAGCAAAAGAGGUUGUUGAAGGAGUGGUAAUGUACGUUGCUCUAGAUGACACAGUGAAAGACAAAGUGGGCUCAACUAAGGUGAUUCUGGAUGGAAUUUGACGCUUUUUCAACUAGACCGUGUGGAGAAAGCUAAAGAGGCGAUCCAAGGCACUAUGACGUACCUUUUAGGGGAUGAAGAUGUCCAAGAAGCAGAUAAGCUACUCAAAAGCAUGGGUGUCGAAGAACAAAAUAAGCUAGUCAAAGACGUGGAAGAUAAGACUGCAACGAAAUUGAAAAGAAUGAAAUUUCUUGAAAAUAAUAAAGUGCAAGCAAGAGUAAAUAUAGUGCUCCUGGUUGAUGACUUUCUUAACGAAGCUUUGACGUAUCUUGGUGGAGAAGAAAUAGCCAAAGCUAAGAAUGUGAUUGAAGGAAUGAAACUGUUUGUUUCUCAAUGUGACGAAAUAAAAGAUAAAGCAGCCGCAUUCGAGGAGAUGAUCCAACGAGCUUUGACAUUUAUUGAACAAGACAGUUUAGAGAAAGCUAAAGAGGUGAUCAAUGAAGCAAUGACGUAUCUUGGCAACGAUGAUGAUGUCAAAGAAUUACGGAAAGCAGGAGCGGGUCAUGCGAAAGAAGUGAAGUAUCUUGAGCAAGAUAAAGCAGAAAGAGGAAUACAAAAGGCAAUUUUUGUUGCUGAGGUUUUGAAAGUAGCUCUGACUUUUAUUGAAAAGAAACAAGUAGAGCAAAUAAAAGAGGUUGUUGAAGGAGUGGUAAUGUACGUUGCUCUAGAUUCUGGAUGGAAUUAUGACGCUUUUUCAACUAGACCGUAUGGAGAAAGCUAAAGAGGCAAUCCAAGGCACUAUGACGUAUCUUUUAGGGGAUGAAGAUGUCCAAGAAGCAGAUAAGCUACUCAAAAGCAUGGGUGUCGAAGAACAAAAUAAGCUAGUCAAAGACGUGAAAGAUAAGACUGCAGUGAAACUGAAAAGAAUGAAAUUUCUUGAAAAUGGUGGCGAUGGAGUUGGCAAACUAGAGUUAGUCGACGAUUUUGUUCAAGGAGCUCUCAUUUUUCUUGAGAAAUCUAAAACAGAAAAGGCUAAAGAGAUGAUUGAUGGAGCUGUAAUGUGUUUUCACCAAGAUGACACGGGUAAAGAUAAAGAAGCAAAAUUUGAAGAGUUCAUGAAAGAAGCUUUGACGUAUCUUGAACAAGAAAACAAAGCACAAGCUGAAGAUACGUUGAAAAGAGCCCGUGACUAUCUGGUAACUGAGGAUGCAGCUAAUGACAAGGGUUCAGAGCUCUAAGUUAUUUACAGCUUGUGGAUUAUACGUUCCAUCUGCUAUCAACUUUUGUUUACUUUUUGUUUUCUCACUUAUACCAUAUGCUUUAAGGCAUUACUUUCCACAAUUUUGGAUCCUGUAUUUCUUGGAUGACAAGUUUUUGUGCUUCGUUAUGUAUUCUUUUAUUCACAGCUUGAAUAAAGUGAUUUGCUUUCUUUGUAUUCAACUUCUGUUGGACAUCAAUGAAGCCUAGGGCUCAUUUUUCGUUUUA